UAAAUAGCUCUUCCGAUGUCUAGCGAGGUCGGCCCAUCUCGGUAUUUUCCGGAGAGUUCAUUUUUUUUUAAAUCUUAAUAAUUAACAUCAUGCUGAUCGUUAUUUUGUAUUGUAACUACCAACACAAGGAAUUUCUAUUAUAAAAUGGAAAAAAUAAUGUAUUAAAAUAAUUCUCGUUAAAACAUUGUACUUCGCGAGAACAAAAUGGCGGCCUCCACGAAAGGUCGCAGCAAACGAGGACGAUUCGUGAAAUCAUCAAAAAAACAUGGAAGAACGAAUGAGAUCGUUCAGAUUGAGCAUAAUUAUGUAUCUGACCACUACUGUAAAUCAUAUGUUGGAUGUAAUAAGUGUACCCAAGGAAUGGAUAAUCUGAGAAAGUGUAAGAAAAUCAACACGGACAGCUGGAUUUUAGGCAGAAGAGUAGUGGAGUGGAACGUGUUGAUGGAUGGGUUGAAAUGCUGUAAAAAUGCCUUCUAGGGCCGCUUAUGUUAACACAAGACUAUGUGAAGGGCGAAAUGAAAGUAGGCCUUUCUGGUUUUUUUAUAUAUUGUCUGACCUAGUUGUUCCCACAUAAAUCGUAUUGCAUACGGGAAAUCCCACAAAACGCCGGGGAAGAAAGGAAUGCCAAGCUUCUGUGUGAACACAAAACUUGGUGCAGCAAUGAUUGACAAUGUUGGCGGCCCACAGAGAGUAAACAAUUUACUCACUACACUUAAUAUUCCAUCCAUUAACAACAAGAAUUUAAAAGUCAUGGAGAAGCGGGCCGGAGUUAUGAUAGAACAAUUUGCUGAUGAUAACAUGAAGGAAGAAAGCUUUAAAGCUUUUGAGAAGGAAGUAGGAGCUCCUUUAAUAACUAUGGCUGGAGGCAGUGGUGGUCAGAACAUAAGUGAUGAAAAUGUUGAUCCAGUCAAGCUCCCAAUUAAUGAGACCAAGAACAUACACAGUUCAAACAGCAAACAUCCUUUGAUACAACUGAGUGGAAGCAGAUUUCAGAAUGUCAGUGUUGAAAGUGCCAAUCUCCCAAUAAAUGAGACACAGACUAACAAGCCACACAGUUCAAACAAUCAGUCACCUCCCGUUGUUCCAGCAUUGGCUAGUCAUGAAAAUGUAAGAGAUGGAGAUACAACUGCACCUGAUAAAUCAAGCCUGGGAAUGACAGUAUGUGCAGAUCAUGGAUGGCAGAAGAAAGGCUUUGAUAGCCUAACAGGUGGGUGACAAUCAGUGUAGAGU